AUGAAUCCAUCCUCGAGGGAUGGAGCAGAUGGGGGCGACCUCGAUCUGCAAAUGACGAGGACCCUAACCGCCACCAGCCUGAUCACCAAUGAGAAUCGGCAAGUCCUCAGUCACAUCGCAUCCGAAAUGCAUCCCGAGUCGCUCGCAGCCGUUGCGACCAACGACAAAUCCUUGGACCCCUCCAACCCCCAGUUUGACCCGUACAAAUGGGCCAAGAUGACCAUCCGCGCCUUGGAUGCCGAUGAUAUCGACGCGCGGCAGCAAGGCAUCCUGUUUGAAGACCUGUGUGUUCAUGGAUCGGGUUCUUCGCUUCAUCUCCAACAGACUGUCCUAUCCACACUAAUGGCCCCGGCCACAAUGGCAGCAUCGAUGUUCACGAAGAAGAAAAGCAGCCGUCGGACGAUUCUCCAUAGCGUCGAUGGUGUUCUGUCCAGCGGGGAACUGCUUCUCGUUUUGGGCCGGCCUGGCAGCGGAUGUUCGACCUUCCUCAAGACCAUCACCGGGCGUUUAAACGGACUGGAUCUGGACCCUCGUACCCACAUCCAAUAUAAAGGCAUCACAUUUCCCCAAAUGAUCAAAGAAUACCGUGGCGAGGUGCUAUAUAACGAAGAGGUCGACAAGCACUUUCCUCACCUGACUGUCGGCGAAACACUUGAAUUUGCUGCGCACGCACGCGCACCACACAACCGACUUGGCGGAAUGAGUCGGGCGGAAUACGUCAAGACCAGGGUGCAGGUCAUCAUGGCCUUCUUCGGACUGUCGCAUACGUACAACACCAAGGUCGGCAACGACUUUGUCCGUGGUGUCAGUGGUGGUGAGCGGAAGCGAGUGAGUAUCGCGGAGAUGGCCCUGUCCCGUGCCCCCAUCGGCGCCUGGGACAACAGUACGCGUGGUCUCGACGCCGCAAUGGCGCUUGAAUUCAUCAAAGCCCUUCGUCUGUCUUCUGACCUUGUCGGCUCCUGUCAUGCCGUUGCAGCCUACCAAACAUCCGAGUCUAUGUACGAUCUCUUCGACCAGGUUGUCGUCUUCUACGAAGGUCGCCAAAUCUACUACGGUCCCACCGAAGAAGGAGCGCGGUAUUUCGAGGAAAUGGGCUGGGAACGACCUCUCAAACAGAUCACCCCGGAUUUCCUUACGUCCGUCACCAACCCCCGCGAAAGAGUCGCCAAACCCGAGAUGGCAGGCAGAGUUCCCCGGACAGCAGCCGAAUUUGAGGCCUACUGGAAGAGGAGCCCACAACACCAGGCUCUGCAGGAAAGGAUGAGAGGCUACAAAGAAGAAUACACGCCGAGCAAUGAGUUGGCGACCAAGUUCGGCGGUACCAAACAUGCACAGCAAGCAAAUCACGUUCGACCCAAAAGUCCUUAUCUUCUCUCGGUUCCCAUGCAACUCUCGAUCUGCUUGCGACGCGCCUACCAAAGAACCCGCAACGAUCUUCCAACCACACUCAUUACUGUCUUUGUUCAAAUCGCGCUCUCAUUGAUCAUCGGCUCAAUCUUCUACAACACACCUAAUGCCACAGCCGGCUUCUUCCAGAAAGGAGCCUCGUUGUACUUUUCUGUCCUGAUGAAUGCCCUGAUCGCCAUUAACGAGAUUAUGUCACUAUACGCUCAACGCCCGAUUGUUGAAAAGCAAGCUGGCUACGCAUUUGUUCAUCCUUUUGUGGAAUCACUGGCCUCAAUUGUGCUCGACUUACCUAUCAAGAUAUUCCGAUGCUCUUGCUUCAGUAUCAUUCUUUACUUCAUGGCGAACCUUCGACGAGAGCCCUCUCAGUUUUUCAUCUAUCUCUUGUUCCUGAUCACCACCGUCAUCACCAUGUCCGGCAUUUUCCGAAGCCUUGGAGCCCUGACGAAAAGUAUUGGGCAAGCGAUGGCCCUGGCGGGAAUCUGCGUCAUCUGCAUGGUCGUGUAUGCGGGCUUCACUCUACCCCAACCUUACAUGCACCCUUGGUUCAGUUGGAUCAGAUGGAUCAAUCCUAUUUACUACUCAUUCGAAGGCCUGAUUUCCAACGAGUUCCACGGUCGGAUGUUCGAGUGUUCGGAAUUCAUUCCCGACUACGCCACCCUCACCGGAGAUGCUUUCAUCUGCUCGUCAGUCGGUGCAGUGGCCGGCGCGCGGACAGUCUCCGGAGAUGAAUUCAUCUAUCUCAACUACGAAUACACUUACAAACACAUCUGGAGGAAUUUCGGCAUCCUGAUCGCCUUCUUGAUUGUCUUCAACACCCUUUACCUUACCGUGACGGAGCUGUCUCCUGGCGAGAAACAGACCGCCGAAGCGUUGGUCUUCCGUCCCGGACACGUGCCCGCCAAUUUGCAGAAGGAUGAGGAAUCUGGUGGCGAUUGCACUCAAGUCAUGACGUCCGAAGGACAGGGGGAGACGGAGUUUGGUGCGGAUAUUCCGGAGCAAAGGGAAAUCUUCACCUGGAAGAGUCUCUCCUACGAUAUUCCGGUCAAAGAAGGAACACGCAGGCUACUUGAUGAUGUCGACGGUUUUGUCAAGCCAGGAACUCUUACCGCCCUGAUGGGUGUCAGUGGAGCGGGUAAAACUACGCUAUUGGACGUUCUCGCCCAGCGGGCAUCGCUUGGAGUCAUCACGGGUGAUCUCAUGGUCAAUGGAAAGGAUUUGAACGCUAGUUUCCCCCGCAAAGUCGGAUAUGUUCAGCAGCAAGAUUUGCACCUGGCACAAUCGACUGUCCGCGAGGCACUUCGUUUCAGUGCUGUUCUACGCCAGCCACGGUCCGUUUCUCUGCAGGAAAAGUACGCUUAUGUGGAAGAGGUGAUCAAGAUGCUUGACAUGGAGGACUUCUCUGAAGCCGUUGUUGGCAUGCCCGGUAACGGGUUGAAUGUGUGCCAAAGAAAGCUCCUGAGUAUUGGUGUCGAGUUGGCUGCCAAGCCGGCGCUUCUCAUCUUCUUGGACGAGCCCACCAGUGGUUUGGAUUCGCAGAGUGCAUGGGCUAUUUGCACCUUCAUGAAGAAGCUCGCGCAUCACGGACAGGCUGUUCUGGCAACUAUCCAUCAACCUAGCGCUCUUUUGUUCGAGCAUUUCGAUCGGCUGCUGUUCCUGGCUAAGGGUGGAAAGACCGUGUAUUUCGGUGACAUUGGCCAGCAAUCUCAGACCAUGCUUGACUACUUUCAAAGCAACGGCGCUCGUCGGUGUAAAGAUACCGAGAAUCCCGCUGAAUACAUGCUCGAGAUUAUCGGCGCCAGUGCCUCGACUAAGAGCACGAUCGACUGGGUGCAGACCUGGAACAACAGCCCUGAACGCAAGGAACUCCGCGCUGAAUUGGAUCGCAUCUGCCAUCAGGGGUCGUCCAAGGAGGCCGUUGAUGAAAGCAAUAUGGAAUUCGCCAUGCCCCUUGCCAGUCAGUUCUACUACGUGACCCGCCGGGUGUUCCAGCAGUACUUCCGCCAGCCCGAAUAUGUUCUCGCCAAGUUCGUUCUCGGCAUUGUCUCUGGUAUUUUCAUCGGGUUCUCUUUCUGGCAGUCCGACGACUCCCAGCAAGGCUUCCAAAAUGUGCUCUUCAGCUUGUUCUUGCUGUGCACCAUCUUCACCACCCUGGUCAACCAAAUCAUGCCCCACUUCGUCGCCAACCGCGCGCUGUACGAAGUGCGCGAACGACCCUCCAAAGUCUACUCCUGGAAAGUCUUCAUCGUCGCGCAAUUCCUCGCCGAAAUCCCCUGGCACAUCGUGCUCGCCGUGUGCGCAUGGGCAUCCUUCUACUUCGCCGUCUUUGGCGACGACCAAACCGCCGACCGCAAGGGCCUGAUCCUCCUGUUCAUCAUCCAAUUCUACAUCUUCGCGUCCACGUUCGCGCAAUUCGUGAUCAGCGCCCUCCCCAACCCGGCACUAGGUGGCAUGCUCGCCGUCUUCAUGUUUGGUCUCUCCCUGAUCUUCAACGGCGUCAUGCAGCCACCAGAUGCCCUCCCGGGCUUCUGGAUCUUCAUGUGGCGCGUCUCCCCGCUAUCCUACUACAUCGGCGGCAUCGCCGCCACCGCCCUCCACGGCCGCCCCAUCGUCUGCUCCACCAGCGAACUCAGCACAUUCAACCCGCCCUCCGGCCAGACCUGCGGCCAGUACCUCGCGGACUAUCUCACCACCGCCACCGGCGAGCUGUAUAACUACAACGCUACCGAAAACUGUGAAUACUGCUCCCUCCGCUCCGCGGACCAGUAUCUGGCUGGAAGAGAGAUCUUCUGGGAUGAGCGCUGGCGCAAUUAUGGCAUCUUCUGGGUUUAUAUUGUCUUUAAUAUCUUUGCAGCGUCGGUGUUUUACUGGUUUUUCCGUGUCAGGCCGUAUAACAAGAAGGUUAAGGCCCAGAAGGCGUGAUGGGGAUGAAG